AGCCAAAGGAAGAAACAUUCAAAGCUGCUGUCUGGAGAGCCGGGUGACUGCUGUCGUCAGAUAAACAUUUCUUCUGCUCACAACAGUUUCUAGGCAGCAUUGGGUCUUUGUUUAUGGGAACUAUUUGAAUGAUUAAGUGACUGACAGUGAUGACUCCCUGGCAUGCUGGCCGGUUGUAUUGUAGCUCUACAGACACGCUCUGCGCGUCAUUAGAAGUGGGUCGGCUCGGCAUUAGCGUCUGCUGCUGCUGCCGUUACAGUUUGUCUGGUUUAAACUACGGAGGGGAAGCUUACCCUCCCGUCAGCCUUCCACCCCCCCUUGAUAUUGCCCUCUUAUCCUUGUAUUACCACCUGGACAACAUGGCAGAGCUCCCACCAUCCACCUCCUCUGAGGAUGGCCGGCCGGCUCACUGGAAACGUUCCAGUCGGCGGAGCAGGAAGUCUGGAUGCCACAACAUCUUCACAGGGGUCAACCUGCAGCAGCUGCACAAGCUCUUCACAGAGGCAGGAGACCAAGACGCCGAACAUCGGGCAAAGCUAGUGUGGCGUGGGAUGAGUGCGGAGAAGCAGAGGGCAGAGGAGGCCAUGGAGGAGGAAGGGGGGGACAUGGAGGAAGAGGUGGGGCUGGCCCAGGCCUUGGUGGGGCUCCGGGUCAGAGCGAGGAAUAAAGCGGGUAUCAGAGCAGAAGGAAACCGAGACCACAGGUGGCUCAGAGCAUCAGGGUAUCGCAGGAUUGACGAGCCGUUACCCAGCGACACUGUUGGGGACGAGGAGGCUGACGUAGUGCCGAGUUCGGGAGCGUUUCGGCCGGCGGUUGAGGAAGACACCCCAGAGAACCCAAACCCUUUAAAACCUUCCUCCCCGAGGUUGGGAAUGGCAAGAAGAGAGGGUGCCAGACACUCUGAACACUACCUCCACCGCAUCCUCCACUGACAGUCCAAAGGAAUCAUGUGGAACAACACACACACGUUGAAGGUGGAUCAAUACAAAAUUGAUUCUGCACAUGAGGGCUCAGCGUACCGCUGGUAGCCACUUCUACUACUUCAUACUCUACAUGCAACUUUUACGUUUAUAGGGCAUCAGGAGUAAUUUAUCUGACCUCUUGAUAAACAGAGGAUGAAUGUUGACUAUUUGUUCCUUCCUUUGAACCCCAUUUUUGGUCCCCACCAACUCCUGAGGGAAAUAUCUGACUCUUUGGCUGCUAAAUCAUCUGCAGUGUUCACUUGCUAUUUGCUAAUUGUCAGUGGUUGGUUCUGAUCAGGUAUUGUUAUGUGGAGAUUUUAGACAUUUUUUGCUGAUGAAAACUCAACAGUAAUGAUGCGGGCCUUAAAACCAAAACAAUAAAUUGGAAGAUACUGAAAUGGUGUUGAGGGAACUAGAGUUAAAGUUAUAUCCAGUGUUCAACAAUUGAACACAGAAGAAAACUGCUUUUGUGCGACUGUCUCACAUACCUUUUACCUUCACAGACACACAACUCAUAUGUAUUAAUGGAAUAUGGUUUAAUUAUAAUCUAUCAUUAAAUAUUACAUACAAAUUA